AAUCAUUUGUUCAGAUGCACUGCAAUUGGAGGUUGCAUGCUUCUAUACUCCCUGAUGGUAGGACUUGGGCAAUCAAGUCAAUUCAAGAUGAUGAGCAUACAUGUCAAGGUCUGGAAACAAAGAAUCCAAUAGUGAAUGUUAAGUGGGCAAUGAAAGUGCAUAUGGAAGACAUUAGGGCCAACAAUGAUAUUUUUGCCAAGUCACUAAACCAGUUGCUAUGGUCUAGAUAUGGUAUUCAAAUGUACCAAAGCACUCUCUAUAGAAUGAGAACCAAGGCUCUGGUUGAGAUCCAUGGGGGACAUGAUGUAUCCUAUAGCUAUUUGCCUAAGUAUGUAGAAGCUAUCAAAGUGACAAACCCUAACUUUACAGCAAUAUGUGCAUUGUUUGCAAAAGAUCAUCUUGAGAGGCCUCUGGCAUUUUCAAGCAUUUUUAUUUCCUUUAAAGCAUAUGUAGAUGGGUUGAUGAGUGGUUGUAGAAGUCUAAUAGGGUUAGAUGGGGCAUAUCUUAAAGGGAAUUAUGGGGGUGUUUUAUUAUCUGCAAUAGCUUUAGAUGGGAAUAAAGAACUAUUCCCCAUAGCUUGGGCCAUUGUACCUAGUGAAGACACUGAAUCAUGGAAGUUUUUUAUAUGGCAUUUGAAGAACUUUGUGAAAGAUAGUGGUAGAGGUGACGAGUGGUGUAUCAUAUCAGAUAGUCAAAAGGGUAUGGACAUUGCUCUUACAGAACUAUGGCCUAAAUCUGGUAGAAGAAAGCAUGUGGUGCAUACAACCCAUUUACAUUUUAGGAAGGCCAUGGAGGCAUUACAAAAGGCAAAUUCUGAUUCUCUCAUUUGGUUAUCUAAGGUGGGAGAACAAAGCACAUGGUCCAAACAUGCUUUUAAUCCAGCAAUCAAGUUAGAUGUCAACAAGAGCAACUUUGUUGAGAGUUUUAAUGCAACCCUAGGUGUGGCUAGGUGUAGACCAAUCCUCACAUUAUUGGAGGGGAUAAGAAGGGUGAUUAUGGUGAGAAUGGCAACAAGAAGAGAUUUGUCAAAAUUGGGAAAGAAAUGACUUGUGCCCUAAUAUUAUCAAGAGGCUACAUGUGGUUGCACAAGAGUCUAGGACAUGUCAAUGCUUAUUAUCUGGUGAAGGAGAGUAUGGAAUUCUUGAUGGCAAGUCAGUUCUGCCAGUUAAUCUGAAUCAAUGGACAUGUGUGUGCAUGCUUGGCAAUUAUGUGGCAUUCCAUGCAAACAUGCUAUGAGGGAAACUCUACAUUCCAAAUUAGAUCCACACAAUUUUGUCUCUGAGUGGUACUCUGUGAAUAGGUACAAGUUAACAUAUGAAAAUAACAUAAAGUUAAUUCCCGACUUAGAUCAGUGGCCUGAAAUGGGGUUACUAGAUAGACCAGAAAUUAAUCCUCCAGGUAUGAGGAGAGGAGUGGGAAGGCCAGCAAGGAAUAAGAGAAGAGAUCAAGAUGAGCAAGUGAAGGGAAAAAGGUCAAAGACUGUCGCGUGUAGCAAUUGUCAGUGCUAUGGGCAUAAUUCUCAGACAUGCCAGGGUGGUCUAACUAGAAAAUAGAAGGCUAUUGGUGCCAAUGUUGUGCAGUACAAAAGGAACCAAACCUAUUUGAAGACUGCAGCUGGACCAAGUCAGACACACUCUCAACUAAGCCAAUUACAACUCACUCAAUCUCAACCAAGUCAGAGUCAGCUAGGUUCUCAACCCAACACAGGUCAACCAAGUUCAUCUCAACCUAAGAAGAGGAAGUCCAAAGCAACAUAAAUUUAAAUCAAAGAUGUGAUCUGAGCAUGAUAUUUUGACUAUGUUGUCCUUUUUUGUGUGAUAUAUUUACAUUUGGGCAACUUAUGUACUACUUUUUAUGGUGGCAUUUUCAUUUAGAAUUUUUUUUUGGAAACAGUUAAUUUCAAUUAUGGUGUUUUUUUUUGUAACAUUGAAACAAUUUGGCUUAUUUGAACUUUAUAUAUAAUAUACAGUAAUAAGUUCUUGAUUAUUUAGCCUACAUUGAUAUAUAG